AUGUGUCCGGAAAUUACUACUUUAGGAAAUUGAUACCAUAUUCGGAAACUUGGACGACAGUGUGCCAGACCGUCAAACCUGCCGCAGCAAGUUGUCCUGUCUCAUUAAAUUCUGUAAUCCGGUUGUCAGUCUUAAAAAUGAAGCUAUUCAGUUUAUUCUUAUCCCUACCAACAUUCGCUUCUCUCGCCUCAGCAGCCCUCCAAUACCGCGGUGCCGACAUAUCCUCUUUACUUGUGGAAGAAGGGAAAGGGAUAUCAUACAAGAAUGUGAAUGGCGCCAGUGCAAAACUCGAAAAUAUUCUCGCUAGUAAUGGUGUGAAUACCGUCCGGCAGCGAUUAUGGGUAAAUCCUAGCGAUGGCGUUUAUGGAUUGGAUUAUAACGUAAAACUUGCCCAGAGGAUGGUGAAUGCUGGGAUGAAAAUUUAUCUGGAUAUGCAUUUUAGUGAUACGUGGGCGGAUCCCAGUCAUCAGGCAACUCCAUCUGGAUGGUCUACGACCGACAUUGACACUCUGACAUGGCAAUUAUACAAUUAUACAAUGGAUGUAUGCAACAGUUUUGCCGAAAAGUCUAUUCCCCUCGAAAUCGUCUCCAUCGGUAAUGAAAUCAGGGCUGGUCUCUUGUGGCCGCUCGGUUCAACUAGUAACUACUACAACAUCGCUAGACUACUUCACUCGGCCGCAUGGGGAAUCAAGGAUUCAAAUCUCCAAACAAAGCCCAAGAUACUCAUCCAUCUAGACAAUGGCUGGUCGUGGAGCGAACAAUCAUAUUUCUACAAAACUGUCUUAGCGGAAGGACCCUUACUCACGUCAGACUUUGAUUUGAUGGGUGUAAGCUACUAUCCGUUCUACACUAGUUCGGCUACGUUGUCAUCGCUCAAGUCUACUUUAGCUGAUAUGGCUUCGACAUGGGGUAAAGGUUUGGUGGUUGCAGAGACGAAUUGGCCAUACGCUUGUCCUAACCCAGCAUACGCUUUCCCAUCAGAUCUAAAAAGUAUUCCAUUCUCAGCUGCUGGUCAGACAACUUUUCUGAAGGAUGUGGCGAACGUUGUGGCCGAGACGAAGAAUGGCUUGGGAUUGUUUUAUUGGGAGCCAGCGUGGAUUGGGAAUGGGGCUCUUGGUUCGAGUUGUGGUGAUAAUUUGUUGGUUGAUUCGUCUACCGAUGUCUUUAGGACAAGUGUGCAGGUGUUCUCGAGUAUUUGAUGUAUGGGCAAAAUGGAUUGUGUUUGUGUUUGCUUGCUUUUCUCGUCUGAUUUAUGGAUGCGAAUGAGAUACGACCAAUCUGGCA